AUGAAAGCAGGAUGUAGAUAUUAUACAGUCAAGGCAUUGAUAGACACAUCAUCUAGAGUAAAUUCUAUUAGAAGAAGUUUGGUCGAUAAGCUCAAAAUAGAGUAUACUAAAUAUAAAGAAAAAAAUAGGUUGGAAUAUCUGGAUUUAUUUUUCCAAUACGAGGGAAAAGAUAGACUAGUAUCUACUAAUAGUGAUGAUGUUUUUAAUGAUUUUGAGGUUACUGAAAAGUCGAAAGUGGACCUUAAGACAGAUUCAUCUGAGUCCAAAGAAACCAAUGGUUCUAAAUAUAUGGCGGUAUCAUAUCCUAAUUUAAGAUAUCUUAAUUUGUGGGAUGCUCAAAUAACUGAUAAAUGUUUAUAUGCAAUCACACGAUCAUGUUGUAAAUUAGAAUAUCUAAAUAUUUUUUACUGUAGAAAUAUUAGCGAUAAAUCUUUGUUUGAAAUCGCAGGAAAUUAUCAUGAUUUGCAAGAUCGUGAAGAUGUUAAAGAUGCUAGUACUUUAAUGCGAAGAUGCUUUAAUAUAGAGUAUCUUAAUUUUAGUGGUGUUAUGGCUUUAUGGGACGAUAGAUUGAUUAUAGCCAUUAUCAAAGAUCUCCAAAUUUGA